AUGAAUAGUGAUCCACCAAUAAUAGAUAUUACAAAUAGUGGUGGUGAAGUAAAUUCAAGUUAUGUACAAAAUCAAAGUGAUCAUCAAUUACAAAUUAUUAAAGAAGAAGAAAGUAGAGAUACAAAACUUUUGCCACGAACAUCAUCGGCAUCGGCUGCAUCUAUGCAUGUUAUUUAUGAGGCACAACAUGAUGCAGAUUCAAAUGGAAUAACAUUUGUACCACCACCAUCAGCUCCUUCGUCAAGUUAUAGUCAUCAACAACAUCGUCAAUCAACUGGUAAAGGGCUGUCUGAACGACAAUUAUCUGUACUUGAUCCAAUGUCAGAUCGUGUUAGUGCAAUUCUUGUUUGGAAAAAUCUAAUUGUUUCGACACGAGAAGAUAAGAAAUUACAAAUGUUUCGACGUUUAGCAUCUAAAAGUUUUCAACCGAAAACGAAACGUUUAUUACAUAAUGUAAGCGGAGCUAUUACUGGUGGACUAUGGGCUGUAAUGGGUCCAUCGGGUUCUGGUAAAUCAACACUCUUAAAUACAUUAGCUUGUCGUUUGGAUGUUAAUACAAUGGUUGAAGGUGAAAUGCGUCUGAACGGCGCACCAUAUGAUAAUGCAGAAUUAAAACGCAUAGCUGGUUAUGUUAUGCAAGAUGAUUUAUUAAGUGCAUAUUUAACUAUUGAAGAAACCUUAAUGUUUACAGCUGAACUUCGUUUACCACGAACAUUUACAGAUAAAGAGCGACAACAACGUGUUGAUGAAGUUGUUGAUGAAUUAGGCUUAGCACAUGCACGAUAUGAUAUUGUUGGUGUUCAAUCAAAACGAGGUAUAUCAGGUAGUGAACGUAAACGGUUAUGUGUUGCUAUGCAGUUACUUAAUCGUCCACAAUUAUUAUUUCUUGAUGAACCAACAACUGGUUUAGAUUCAGUUACAGCACUUGAUUUAUUAUAUACACUUCAUGCACUUGCACAUGGUAAAUCAGAACAAAAAGCUGUAACCAUUGUUUGUUCAAUUCAUCAACCACAAGCAAAAAUAUUUAAUUUAUUUGAUUCAAUUGUUUUACUUAAAGCAGGUCAUAUCAUGUAUCAAGGUUCAAGAAAACAAUCGACAGAAGUAUUUCGUGCAGCUGGUUUUCCUUGUCCAUUAUUUACAAAUCCAGCUGAUCAUCUUUUAGAUGUAAUAACACCACCAAAACCUAAUCAAACAGAUCCCGAUCAACCUGUAUUAUCACUUGAACAACAAACAGCUGUUGAUGAAGCACUUCUAAAAGCACAACCGCCAAUUGAUAUUGAUCUUAAUAUGGGUGGAAAUAAACGUCUUGAACAAAUGACUAAUUUACCACAUAAUCCAACAUGGCAUAAACAAGUACGAAUACUUGUUCGUCGUAAUUUACGAGAACAAUUACGAAAAAUAUCUCUUGUUAUAACUUCAAUUUUACAAACAGCUAUCAUGGCUAUCUUAAUUGGUACUGUUUUUUUAAAAAUUGGUAAUACACAAAGAAGUAUUGUACGUCGUGAACCAGUUUUAUUUUUUUGUGCUAUCAAUCAAGGUGUUUUUGGUGCAUUAACAGUUAUUAAUUCAUUUCCUGUUGAACGAACAUUAACAUUACGUGAACGAGCAUCUGGUACAUAUUUUGCUAGCGCUUAUUUUGUAGCAAAAAUUCUUGCCGAUACACUUGUUCAAUUACCAGUACCGAUUUUAUUUUCAUGUAUUGUUUAUUUUCUUAUCGGUUUACAACAAGAAGCUGGCAAAUUCUUUCUUUUUAUGUUUUUUAUUAUUCUUUGUUCAAUAACAUCCACAUCAAUGGCAUUAAUGGUCUCGGCUUUAUGUCGAACAACAUCAUUAAGUGUUACAGUUCUACCAAUGGUACUUGAAGUAACACGUCUAUUUGGUGGUUUCUUUAUUGCACCAUCACGAGUACCACUGUAUUUGUCAUGGAUUGAUGCUUUAUCUUAUAUAAAAUAUACAUUUGUUGGUGUUGCUUUAAACGAAUUACAUGGUUUGAAUUUAAGUUGUGAGGGAGUAAAAACUACGAUUGUAAAUGCAACAUAUAAUCUAACAGCAAAAUGUAUACACAAUGGUGAAGAAUUAAUACACGAACGUGGAUAUAAUUAUAUUUCUAUUGGUGGUUGUAUUGGUGUUCUAUUAGCUUUUGUAAUUUUUUGUCGUGGUUUGGCUUUUAUUGGUGUACGAUUUCUUAAACAUUAG